GAGUCAGUCUAUCCGUCAGGCUUCGCGCAACAACCUCCUCGUCCACGAACUACAUUAUAAACCCCGACCUUUCUCGUCUCCCCCCGGAUCAAUCUAUCUAUUCUUUUUUUCUUCUACAGGUUGCUAGACCCCGCGUUGCCGUCGACUACGCCCCUCAUAUACGGAUUUGACUAGUGCUUGUCUAAAGUGGACUAAACACUUCGUUGACGCUUGUUCCGUUUGGUUUGCCCCUGACGAGCAAGGCGAACUCUUCACACAAGUAUAUCGUUUUUUACUGCCAGUCGAAAGUAAUAAGCAGACGACGUCAUAAUCAUGAGUUUCAGCAAGUGGAGGUUUUCCAACAGCCGAAAGCAAUCUCCAUCAAGCUCAGGUGACAUCGAUGCGACGAUGACGUCGUCGUCUCCAAUGUCAACACCAAUGAGCCCUACGAGCUCCGGCAGCAACAGCAACAGAAGCAGCAAGUCAUCACUAUCAUCAUCGCCGUUUUCAUGGUUCCGAUCACCAAACCGGCCCAAGAAGAGAAAGUCUACCAUCUCGCGGGACGACCCGGCCUUCGCGCGCCUGCACAAGCCCUUCACACCACAGAACCUCGAGCACCAGAGAAUGUUCGAGUCCUUCGAGUGGAACUUUGGCAGCUCCGAUGGCGACGACGAUAGUUACCGUCGCCGGCGGAGCAGUCUUAGCAUCAGCCCCUGUGCGACGCGGAACAUGACCGUCGAUGACUGCACACGGCAAGACCCCUACAGCCAUGAUGGCAGUUCCCAGGACACACUCAGCAGUGCAUUCGCCUCGCUCUCCACGAGGGAGGCUCGCGGCGAGGGCUAUGGCCAGACGACUGUUGCAUAAUUUCGAUUCACAAAAUCUUUCACGACUUUUGACGGCUUAAGAAUUUAAUUGACGGUUUGGGAUGACAUCUACUUUAAACAUUGCAUGCAUGGAAAAUUUCGGUCCACGAAACCGAUUAGCCUGGGAGGCUGGUUUCUACUGGGGCGUUUGGGAUAAAUGGGAUUGGAGGCAGCUUUUAUUACACAGCUAUUAGGAUCAAAGGCUGUCCGGUAACACCUCGCCGUGAUUUGGGACUCCGGACGAUCAUCACCGGAUUUGCAUGGGGGAUAGAAUUGUAAUUACUGCUACAGCUUAUCCUGGUGAGAGAAACAUGAUCUUUACCUCCGGUAUUGGAUCGGAUUUGUAGAUAUUUAUGAGGGAGAGGCAACAGUAUAUAUUGCUUUAAUAGAGUUGU